AUGAAGCCAACACUGGAGCUCGAAGUAGCGCUUCCGUUUAUGAUUGUACUCCUGCUUCUUCUUUUGUUCUGUAUAGUGUUACUAUGUCAUGGUGUCAAUCCUUUACGUGUAUUGCGUUCGUCUUUUAAAGGACCUCGACGACCACACAUCUCUGUAUCAGACAGAGAGCGCGAGGCGCUACUGGCAAUAGACCGUAAAGCUCGAGUGAGAUAUACUGGUAAAGUACCACUGUAUACCGACACAAUCGCGGAACUAGCGGCAUGUGAGACGUUACGAGAGACUGAAGCGUUCAUUAAAGUAAUUGAUGUACAUCGUGUACUAAGUUCCAAGGUCAAGGCGCAACAUUUUGCUCAUUUCUGCAGUACGAGACUGCAAUUGCCAAUGUUAAGUGUCGAAACACUGGCGACGAUCAUUUUGUCCUUGCAAAAGUUUGCAGCAGAACCAGAUGUGGUCACGUGCAUCCGUGACUGUUUCUGUGCCAAACGGAAGAUGGCGUGCAUGCAGCUAAAGGACAAAGUGGAUACCAAAUUUCCUAUGUUUGACUUGAUUUAUCAUUGCAUUCAGUCAAGAAUAGAGCGUGAGACUAUUUUGACACAUUUUGAAGCGGAAGCGGCGAGGUUUCGAACAUCGUCGACGUAUUUUGCACCGAUCAAAUUGUUGUGUGAUAUCGACGAUACGAUGCUUGCUGCUCUCUUCGAUACACGCUAUCCAGAGCUUACGGUGUACCCGGGUGUCCAUCAGUUUGCUCAGGAAUUACUUCGGCGAUCAGCUAUGAUCGCUGCAGACUAUGCUGACCAACACAGCGGGUACGAGCAUGACGACAGCGAUAGUGAUACAGACCUUGAGGCUGGUACAACUGACCGGUUAACGAAACCUAAGGAAAUGCAGCGCGUGGCGUUCCUUACUGCAAGACCUGAAGUAUUACGGAAGCGGUCGUUACAAGAGCUUCGUGCAUGCGGCUUUCAGCAUUUUACUCUAUUGAUGGGUCGAUUUUCAAACAUGUGGGGCUCGCAACGAAUUGCAUCAGGAAAGCUUCGGAAUUUUGUUCGGUUUAAGCGAAUCUUUGCUGAACACCGAUUCGUCUUCGUAGGGGACAACGGUCAGGGUGAUAUUGAUCUCGGCAAGGAGCUGCUCAAGAAUCCUCAAUUGUACGCUGUAUCGGCCGUACUCAUCCACGACGUUAUUCGCAAUCACGCCACAGACAAACCGCCUAGUCGGCAUUCAUAUCGUGAGAUAGAGUGUAACCAGAGCGGUAUUUAUUCCUUCCGCACGUACAUCGGUGCAAGUUUUCACCUGUACGUUGCGGGUCUCCUGUCGUUGGACUCUGUCAUUCGCGUUGUGGAAAAAACUGCGUUGGCCUAUGCAGCCAUCGUGUUCGACACGCGCGAGCAAAAGCAAAAUCUCGCGCAGGAAAUUCUAGCCGACGUAGCUGCAGUAGUAAAUGAGCUGCCUGACCAGCAGGCCAUGGCACUGUUGUCGUUGCUUCAUGACGACCUCGUGGACAAUGGAGAUGAUGAUGAUGAGUUGAAUGGUAGAGCCAACCAAAAGAAACCACGACUCACGCGAGAAGAACUGCUUCAACGGCGAUUAGAGGCUGUCAGGAAGAGCGCAACGAAGCCCUUGCAAACGUUACAACGCGACAUUUAA